AUGGCCUGGUUACAAGAAGAUGACGUCUUUUUAUUUUCGCUGCAAUCUUGUGAUAAAGUACGAAGCCUGCUAGAAAGUGAUCGAGCUCCUACGAAACGAGAAAUGCUGCGACUGGUCAUGAGUAUAUAUGACCCCUUAGGACUGGUAGCAUCGUUUGUAAUCCAAGGAAAGAUUCUAAUACAAGAAGUCUGGCGAACCGAGACCGAUUGGGACAGCCGAAUCCCAAAGGAACUUGCUGCAACUUGGUUGGAGUGGAUAGCCAUACUGAAGAAGCUGGGUGAAUUGCGUAUACCUCGGUGCUAUUUUCCGGGGUAUGAUCCGAAAAGUCUUGAAACCCUAGAGCUACACGUGUUCGUCGAUGCUAGUGCUCAAGCCUUCGCAGCAGUAGCAUAUCUUCGAAUCAUUGAUCGAGGCCAGAUCAGGGUAGCACUUGUUGCUUCGAAGACGAAGGUCGCGCCGCUUCGAGGACUAUCUAUUCCACGACUGGAAUUAAUGGCGGCGUUGCUAGGAGCUCGGUUACGGAAAACUAUCGAGGAAAACCAUUCGCUGAAGGUCCAGAAAACUUACUUCUGGAGUGAUUCAUCUACGGUUUGUUCGUGGAUCAAGUCGGAUACGCGACGGUACCGCCAGUUUGUCGCCUUCAGGGUCGACGAGAUAUUGAACCUUUCAUGUCUAGAAGAAUGGCGAUGGAUUUCAACGAAAAUCAACGUGGCGGAUGAAGCAACGAAGUGGGGCAAAGGACCUUCAUACAACAUAGACAGUCGCUGGUUCCAGGGACCAGAAUUUCUCUACAACAGCGAAGAACAUUGGUUGAAGACUCCGGAUGAAGAUACCGAUGAAAGCGAUAAAGAGCUACGGGAAGCGUAUGUGUGCAGCCACCUAGUUAGACAACCAUUGGUGAAUACUGAAAGGUUUUCGCGGUUCGAAAGGAUGCUGCGUACAGUGGCGUAUGUCCAUCACUUCGUGGAUAGUCUACGGUCAGCGAAAGGGAAGGAAAAACCUGCUGAUGUUAUGGGGCUGACUAGUGCGGAGAUUCAGAAAGCGGAAAGGACGUUAUGGAUGCUAGCGCAGGCGGAUGCGUUUCCGGACGAAGUCGCAAUCCUCAAGCAAAACUUGGAACGUUGCCGGGGAAGCCAGAAGUCAGUGGGAUCGUCUAGUUGUCUUGCGAAACUUUCACCAUUCGCUGAUGAUUUCGGAGUGCUGCGAGUAGGCAGUAGGGGCGCAGAAGCUCAUGUACUGACCUUUGAUGCUAAGUUUCCCGUCAUUCUGCCAAGAAAUCAUCGGGUCACCGAGUUGCUGCUGGAUUUCUAUCACCGGAAAUAUGGUCAUGCCAAUGAUGAAACCAUCGUCAACGAGGUACGUCAGAAGUUCCAUGUGCCACGCCUGCGAGUCGAAAUACGUUUAACCAGGAAACGCUGCAUGUGGUGCCGCAUACACAAAGCAAUGCCUGUGGCUCCAAAAAUGGGACCGCUUCCAGCUGUACGGUUAGAACCAGAUGUUCGCCCGUUCACCUAUGUGGGCGUUGAUCUUUUUGGCCCAUAUUUGGUGAAAGUCGGACGGAGCGCAGCUAAACGAUGGGUGUGCCUUUUUACCUGUCUUACGAUCAGGGCUAUUCAUCUAGAGGUAGUAGCUAGUCUGUCUACCGACGCGUUUAAGAAGGCAGUUAGAAGGUUUAUAGCCCGGAGGGGAUCCCCACUGGAAAUCUACUCCGACAAUGGGACUAACUUUGUAGGAGCAAGCCGGGAACUGCUAGAUGAAAUCAACAGAAUCUACACUGAUCUGGGAAGCACCUUCACAAAUGGUAACACUCAGUGGCGGUUCAAUCCCCCCGCAGCUCCUCACAUGGGGGGCUGCUGGGAACGUAUGGUUCGCUCUGUCAAAUCAGCACUACGAGCGAUUCCUAUAGAGCGAAAACUGGAUGACGAAUCGUUUGCGACCGUGCUUGCUGAGGCAGAAAGUAUGGUCAACUCUCGACCAUUAACGUUCAUCCCUUUGGAAACGGCGGACCAGGAAUCGCUGACCCCGAAUCACUUUUUGUUGCUAAGCUCAAAUGGUGUUCGCGAACCUGAAAAGUAUCCAACAGAUGUAGGUACGGCGUUACGAAGUAGCUGGAAUAUGGUUAAGCACACACUGGACAAUUUUUGGCGGCGUUGGGUAUUGGAAUAUUUGCCAACCAUUAUCCGCCGGACGAAGUGGUUUAAGGACGUAAGACCGAUUCAGGUGGGUGAUCUGGUCCUCGUGGUGGACGAAACCGUCAGGAACAGAUGGAUACGUGGACGAGUGAUCCGGACUAUUCCGGGCAAGGACGGCGUGACACGGCAAGCAGAGGUGAAGACUAUAGGAGGAAUCCUUAAACGGCCCGCUACGAAGUUGGCUGUGCUAGACGUCGGAAUACCUGGUGACGCUGAACCGGAAGUCCAGACGACACGGGGGGGGAGGAUGUUCACCGCAUCAGCCCAUCGUAUCGAACAACCCUACGGUGAGCCAUUGUGA